UACUGUACUGUCUUUGCUUGCACUUUUGAUUUGCUGACAGGCAACUUGACUUCCUCUUAGUGAGACAUCACCAAACUUAACUAGGUUGCUCCUUCCUACUCACCGCUGCAUCAUGCGACUGCAGCCCACACAGAUCACUUUAAAUAGACUGUCCUUACAGGUUUUUCUGUAGUAUAGUCCUGGCCACUGCAGAUAUGAGGUCUGGAGGAUUCGUUUUGGUAUCCAGACCGGCCAUAACGUCCAUCGGUCUCAUUUUAACGCUCUAUUGUUUUCAUGUGUUGGCGCUCAAGUCGCAACUUUUGACGAGGCAUGGCGGGGUUACAGAUCUCAAUGCUCAGGACACCGUCAUCAACUAUGAAACAUGCUAUUUUGACCAGAAGAUUGAUCACUUUGGGUUCCUGGAGGAUGGCACCUUUAAGCAGAGAUACCUGGUUAAUAAGGAACACUGGGAUCAGAAGGGAGGGUCUAUCCUGUUCUACACCGGCAAUGAAGGAGACAUUACCUGGUUCUGCAAUAACACUGGUUUCAUGUGGGACGUUGCAGAGGAACUGGGAGCCAUGUUGGUGUUUGGAGAACAUCGUUACUAUGGAGAAUCCCUGCCGUUUGGACACGACUCUUACAGUGACACAAAGCACCUGAACUACCUGACGUCAGAGCAGGCGCUGGCUGACUUCUCUGUGCUGAUCAGAGAACUGAAGAGGACGGUGCUUGGAGCUCAGGAAAGUCCUGUGAUCGCCGUCGGAGGGUCCUACGGAGGGAUGCUCUCUGCCUGGUUGAGAAUGAAAUACCCCAAUGUUGUUGUUGGAGCGCUGGCUGCCUCUGCUCCUAUAUGGCAGUUCCCAGACAUGGUUCCAUGUGGAGACUUCUAUAAGAUAGUCACCCAGGACUUCGCCAGGAGUGGACUGAACUGUGCCGUUAACAUCAGGAGGUCCUGGAAGGCCAUCGACAACGUCACAGCAACUGAUGACGGUCUCCGGUGGCUGUCCGGUGAGUUCAGUUUAUGUUCCCCGCUCAAGAAGACGGACUUGGAUGGUUUUAAGGCCUGGCUCCAAGAGACCUGGGUGAAUCUGGCCAUGGUUGACUAUCCUUACGAAGCUAACUUCCUCCAACCUCUCCCACGCUGGCCAAUACAGGUGGUGUGCAAGCACCUUGGUUUUGACCCCAGCAGUGUGUCAGACUACCAGUUGUUAGAGGGUAUCUCUGAAGCUGCCAGAGUCUACUACAACUACACAGGAAACUGUCCCUGUCUCAACACCUCCUCUACGGCUACAGGGAACCUGGGCUUCGUCGGCUGGUACUACCAGGCGUGUACAGAGAUGGUGAUGCCACUCUGCACUGACGGGGUACAGGACAUGUUUGAGCCCCAGGACUGGAACUUCCAGGCCUUCUCAGAUGAGUGUAACUCCCUGUUCGGGGUACGUCCGCGGGCUGACUGGGCAGCGACCGUCUACGGAGGACUGGACAUCGCUUCUCACAGUAACAUCAUCUUCAGUAACGGAGGACUGGACCCGUGGUCAAGUGGUGGGGUGACCCGAAACAUCUCGGACUCGGUGGUCGCCAUAGUGAUACCUGACGGGGCUCACCACCUGGAUCUACGCUACAACAACGAGUAUGACCCUCACACCGUCCUCUCAGCCCGCGCCCUGGAGGUGGAAUACUUCAAACUGUGGAUCAAACAGGCCAGGAAACUACAAAUACCAGGUUAAAUCCCUCUGAACUACAACUGCCAGGCUAAAUCACUCUGAACUACAACUACCAGGUUAAAUCACUCUGAACUACAACUACCAGGUUAAAUCACCCUGAACUACAACUACCAGGCUAAAUCACUCUGAACUACAACUACCAGGCUAAAUCACUCUGAACUACAACUACCAGGUUAAAUCACUCUGAACUACAACUACCAAGCUAAAUCACUCUGAACUACAACUACCAGGUUAAAUCACUCUGAACUACAACUACCAAGCUAAAUCACUCUGGAUUACAACUCCCAUGCUAAGUCACUCUGAACUACAACUCCCAGGUAAAAGCACUCUGAACUACAAUUACUAAAUCAAACAGAACUAAAACUGCCAGACUAAAUCACGCUGAACUUAAACACCCAGGGUCGGCCUAAAAUGGCACCCUAUUCCCUAUAUAGUGCACUAAUUUUAUCCCGGACCCCUAGGGCUCUGGUCAAGAAGUAAGGCACUAGAUGCAACCCCAGCCUCUCAAACUACCUGAAGCUAAAAGACCAUAGCAUAUAACAUGUGGCUUUGUUGCAAUGCCCUCUCUAGCAUACUACUAAGAAGGGGAGCAAUGUAAUUGGACGUGUAUUCUAAGUGAUAUGCUAGUGUGGAUAUUGAAACUAAGCCAAUGAGUGCAUCCCAAAAGUUACCCUAUUCCCUAUGUAGUGCACUACUUUUGACCACAGCCCAUAUGGACGCUGUUCAAAAAGGUGUUCACUAUGUAGGGAAUAGGGUGCCAAAUAAUACAAAACAUUCUCUACCACCAGAAUGUACUGAUGGAUUUUCAGUUGAAUAUUGUUUUCAGAUGUGAUGAGUUUAAGGAAGAACUACUUACACUAAUAAAUCAGGUUUUAGUUAGGUAGCUAUUUCAAUGUUGAUUUAUUGAUUUCAAUGAUUGGUGACAGUGUUUUCUGUUUUGUGCCAAAGUCUUUUAUUUUUUAUUUUUUUUACGAGUGUCAGAAAGGGCUAGAAUAUCACAUUUAAAAAAAAAACGAAAUAAAUAUUUUCUUAAUUUGAAAAUUAAAGACAUUUUCACAUUAACACCAGAUUUAAAUAAUGAAGUUACGGUGUUUUAUGUUUUGUGUUUAAUUGAAGUUUGAUAGCUUACACAUACUGUAUAUCAGAACAACAAUUGUGUUUAAUUGUAUAAUUAGUACAGAAAAUAUUUAUUUAACAGCUCUCAGGAAAAAAAAGUAUGCUUUUUUUUGUAAGUGUUUACAAUUCUUUGUAAUUGACCAUUUCUGUUAAACUAGAAUUAGCAUUAGUCAGUGAUUCUAAAGGUUUUUCCAAUCAAUUGAUAACAUUCACUUGUAGUUGACCGUUUUUAUACUACGGCCUGAGUUGUACUUGGUCCAGAAAUGGACCCAUAUUUAACAACGGCAGCAGAAGGGCUGGACCCAGUCUCUCAAUGUUGUGUUACCAUGUUUCAUUGACUUUAUUAAUGGCUGUGGCUGUUAAGCAAUAUCCCUGUAAUGUCUUACUGCUAUUGCCAUUGUGUUGUGCCCAGAUUAAAAGCAAUUUUAAUUUGA